UGCGGCGCGGUGGUUGGGGCGGAUCCCGCGGGGCCCGGGCGGGGGAAGGAGUCACCGGCCCGGCCAUGGCGGACAACGAGAAACUGGACAACCAACGGCUCAAGAAUUUCAAGAACAAAGGCCGCGACUUGGAGACUAUGAGAAGACAACGAAAUGAAGUUGUAGUUGAAUUAAGGAAGAAUAAAAGAGAUGAACAUCUCUUAAAGAGAAGGAAUGUACCACAUGAAGAUAUCUGUGAAGACUCUGAUAUAGAUGGUGAUUAUAGAGUGCAAAAUACCUCUCUAGAAGCUAUUGUUCAAAAUGCUUCAAGUGAUAACCAAGGAAUUCAAUUAAGUGCAGUUCAAGCUGCCAGGAAGCUUUUGUCCAGUGAUCGAAAUCCACCAAUUGAUGACUUAAUAAAAUCUGGAAUAUUGCCCAUUUUAGUCCAUUGUCUUGAAAGAGAUGACAAUCCUUCUUUACAGUUUGAAGCUGCAUGGGCUUUGACAAACAUUGCAUCUGGAACUUCUGAACAAACUCAAGCAGUAGUUCAGUCCAAUGCUGUGCCACUUUUCCUGAGGCUUCUCCAUUCACCCCAUCAGAAUGUCUGUGAGCAAGCAGUGUGGGCAUUGGGAAAUAUCAUAGGUGAUGGACCCCAGUGUAGAGAUUAUGUCAUAAGUCUUGGAGUUGUGAAACCUUUACUUUCCUUCAUAAGUCCAUCUAUUCCUAUAACAUUCUUAAGAAAUGUUACUUGGGUUAUGGUCAACUUAUGUCGCCACAAAGACCCACCACCACCAAUGGAAACCAUUCAGGAGAUUCUUCCAGCCCUUUGUGUUUUAAUUCAUCACACAGACGUAAAUAUAUUGGUAGACACAGUCUGGGCCCUCUCUUACCUUACUGAUGCUGGCAAUGAACAAAUACAGAUGGUAAUAGACUCUGGAAUAGUUCCUCAUUUGGUUCCUCUGCUCAGCCACCAGGAAGUUAAAGUUCAGACUGCUGCACUUAGAGCUGUGGGCAACAUUGUUACUGGAACUGAUGAGCAAACACAAGUAGUUUUGAACUGUGAUGCUCUUUCACACUUCCCAGCACUCCUGACACAUCCCAAAGAGAAAAUUAAUAAAGAAGCAGUGUGGUUCCUCUCCAACAUCACUGCAGGAAAUCAGCAGCAGGUACAGGCAGUAAUUGAUGCCAAUCUUGUACCAAUGAUAAUACACCUUUUGGAUAAGGGGGAUUUUGGCACUCAAAAAGAAGCUGCUUGGGCCAUAAGUAACUUAACAAUUAGUGGAAGGAAAGAUCAAGUGGCUUACCUUAUCCAACAAAAUGUUAUCCCACCUUUUUGCAACUUGCUGACUGUAAAAGAUGCACAAGUUGUGCAAGUAGUACUCGAUGGACUAAGUAAUAUAUUAAAAAUGGCUGAAGAUGAGGCAGAAACCAUAGGCAAUCUUAUAGAAGAAUGUGGAGGGCUGGAGAAAAUUGAACAACUUCAAAAUCAUGAAAAUGAAGACAUCUACAAAUUGGCCUAUGAGAUCAUUGAUCAGUUCUUCUCUUCAGAUGAUAUUGAUGAAGACCCUAGCCUUGUUCCAGAGGCAAUUCAAGGCGGAACAUUUGGUUUCAAUUCAUCUGCCAAUGUACCAACAGAAGGGUUCCAGUUUUAGAAAGAUGUUGUGGAAGUUAGGUACAAUGCAGCACUGAUAUAUAUAUAUAUAUAUAUAUAUAUAUACAUAUAUAUAAAAAGGUUUGAUCCAUCAAGCUUGGCUCAUGGGAUCUGCUGCUGCAUUAAAUCGGGAAAGAAAAUGUGAAGAUUUCAUUUGGAAUCACAGAAAAUGCCCAAAUGAGGUCAAGAUGGCGAGUGGGUGCGAGUGAGAAUGAGUGGCAAAAUGUAAUGAAAACUUUACAUGAAUGCUUAUUUAGGUUGUUCAAAGUAAAAAGGGCUACAGGUCACAGAUCGUCAGUGCCUGAGAAAGAACAUUGACUUACUCUAUAUCAAUUGAGGGGAAAGUGCAGUACUGUCAUCUUCAAGCCUUGUAAGCAUAAAAGAGAAUAGGCUGCCCAUAUAAGUCAAAAGAAAAUGAGCCCAGGCCUUGCUAUGAAGCAGUGUGUGAAUGGACAAUGUUGAAUGAAUGUCUGGCUCAGUGAUGGAGAGCCAGGUUCAUCCUUGAAAUCUAGGGCUCUUCACUCAUGAAGCCGACUCCUAGUCCUGGAGUGACUGUGUACGAGAGCGUGGUUGUGGUGCUGUAUGUGAACGCAUGCAAGCUUGAUUCACCUUCAGGGGGCUGAUAACAAACCUAGUAAAUCAUCAAAAUGAGAUCAUAAGUGUUAAUGUACACUGGACAUGAAAACAAAGACUGGUUUAGCAGCAGACAUUGGUUUACUCUGCAGCCUGUGUUUUCUAUUUCCCCCUUUCCCACCUCCUUCCCCCCACCCCGCUCCUUUUUUUUUCUUUUUUGCUUUUCUUUUCCUUUUUUUUUUUUUUUUUUUUUCCAGUUUUUAUUUACUUUACCUAGUAUGCCUUUUUUUUUAGUUGCUUCUCAAGUCAGAAAACUUUUCAGGAAGGUUUCCCUGUGCAUUUGCACCAGAUGAAUGUUUGAUGCUAUGAAAAGCUUUCCAUAUCAUCAAAACUAAUUUGUGUAGAUUUUUGCAUGAAGAAAAUCAUAAAUUUCCCUCAAAAUAGACUGUGUUGCAGUACACAAGUUGCCAUAAUAGUAUAAAACAGUAAAAUGUGCUUAAAAGGCCAUCCUUUUCAUUUUCAGAGAUAACAUAAAGAUCUUUGCAUGAGGUAAAUCUACAGCAUAGUUCAUUUUUAGAUUUUGUUGAGUCCUGUAAAGAAGAAGAAGAAAAAAGUUUCAGUUGUGGUAGAAUACCGUGCUGUGUUUAAAUGUUACUUGUUUUCAAACUUUGUUUUCUAUGAAAAUGAUAUGGAAACUUCUAAAAUGGAAUUUGGUGCAUAUGUACUGCUGAAUAAAGACCGAUGAAGAGGUUUGAGUAGAUGUACAAAUCAAGUAAUGGUUUGAACACCUUUAAUAAUAUGCCUAAUCUGUUCAAUUGUUUUAGAAUCUUUUUAUCUUAGAUGUAGGCAGCCAUGAACAAUCUAUUUUGAGCCACUUUAGGGAGAAAACUUUGUAUUUUUAAAACUUGCAUAAAAGUUAUGCAAGUGGUUUUUAUAAAUUGGAAUAAUACCUCAGUUUUGAGGUUAUGCACACUAAAUUAAAUGUGACAUAAAUUAAUUUGUACAAAAAGAACUCUUUAUAAGGUGGCUCAUUGUAGGAAAUCCUGUGCCUUCCCCUUUGAGCACAAGUGUUGCAUGAACAACAGUUUGCUAUAAGAAACAUACCAGAUUAGCCACCAUUAGCAUCUAUAUCUACUUUGUGUUUAAAAAUCAACUGGUAAUUCUGAAACACUGUAGAAUGGAUAAAAAUUAUUUUGUGAUCAUAACUCUUUGUUGAACUAGAGUAUUUUUGCAGCAUUCCUUGUCAUCAGAAACAUGGUUAAAGUUUAAAACUAGAAGCAGCAGAAAACUAGCUUGUAAAAUUUAUCCAAGUAGAGUGCAGGCUAGGCUGUCUUGGGGAAAUAAACAUUAAAACUUAAAGCAAUGUUUUA